UUUUUUUUUGACCUGCUAAUUGUACAACAGCACCCAUCACUUAAAGCUCCCUUCUUCAUCAAGCCCUUCUUUCCUUUCUCCUUUUUACGCUCUGGACUGGAUUGAACUGAGCUGAUUGACUAGGCACUGCAUCCACCGGGUUACUAUCGAUCGUUCUUCAUCAUCGGUUUAAUUUUCUUUUUCUUUUCUUCUCACAAUCACAGCUGUCAAAGAUGCAGAUGCUCACAAAGUUCGAGUCGAAAAGCAACCGUGUCAAAGGGAUUGCCUUUCAUCCAAAACGACCAUGGAUUCUUGCAGCCUUACAUAACGGUUCAAUCCAACUUUGGGACUAUAGGAUGGGCACCCUUCUUGAGCGAUUUGAUGAGCAUGAUGGCCCUGUCCGUGGAAUUUCAUUUCACCCUUCUCAACCUUUGUUUGUAUCUGCUGGAGAUGACUACAAGAUCAAGGUCUGGAAUUAUAAGACGCGACGGUGCCAGUUCACACUCACGGGUCAUCUGGACUAUGUACGCACAGUAUACUUCCAUCACGAAUAUCCUUGGAUCCUCAGUUGCUCGGAUGAUCAGACGAUUCGCAUCUGGAAUUGGCAAUCCCGUAACUGUAUCGCCAUCCUGACAGGCCAUAACCACUAUGUUAUGAGUGCACAGUUCCACCCUAAAGAGGAUCUGAUUGUCUCUGCAUCUCUGGAUCAGACAGUUCGUGUUUGGGACAUUUCAGGCCUCAGAAAAAAGAAUGCCGCUCCUGGAACUGUUGCAUAUGAUGAGAGUGCGCACCGAGCAUCACAGCAGGCUGAUAUUUUUGGAAGCACUGAUGCGGUUGUAAAAUAUGUUCUUGAAGGUCACGAUCGCAGUGUCAAUUGGGCAACAUUCCACCCAACUUUGCCUCUGAUUGUCUCUGCUGGUGAUGAUCGCCAAGUUAAACUUUGGAGAAUGAACGAAACCAAGGCUUGGGAGGUCGACACUUGUAGAGGACACACCAACAAUGUUUCAUGCACCAUUUUCCAUCAGCGCCAAGAGCUCAUCAUUUCCGUGGCAGAGGACAAAUCCAUCCGUGUAUGGGACAUGUCAAAGCGCACUGCUGUGCAGACAUUUCGUCGAGAGCACGACCGCUUCUGGGCAUUGACGGCACAUCCUGAACUCAACUUGUUUGCAGCCGGCCAUGACAGCGGCUUGAUAGUGUUCAAACUGGAGAGAGAGCGACCUGCUUAUGCUAUGCACCAAACAAACUUGUUCUACAUCAAGGACAAAUAUUUACGUGUCUAUGACUAUGGCACCUCCCAGGACACAGCAGUGUUGUCGGUGCGUCGCGCUGGAUCGCAAUUUGUUCAGCCGAGAGCACUGUCGUACAAUCCUGCGGAGCGAGCUGUGCUGAUCACAUCCACUGCAGAUGGAGGUACAUAUGAACUGUAUAACUUGCCGAAGGACUAUGGUGGGGAUACGCGUGAGCCGUCCGGUGAGGGCAAGCGAGGAUCAGGAAGCUCGGCAAUCUUUAUUGCACGCAACCGAUUCGCAGUACUUGAGAAGACGACACAGAUGAUCACGAUCCGUGAUUUGCAGAACAAUAGCACAAAGUCAUUCAAGAUGCCUAAUGUGGUGAACGAGAUCUUUUAUGCAGGCACAGGCCAAUUGUUACUGAGCACACCCACAUCAGUGAUUCUGUACGAUAUUCAGCAGCGUAGGACAAUCUCAGAGGUGACGACACCUCCUGUCAAGUAUGUGGUAUGGUCGGCAGACAUGGCGUAUGUGGCUCUGCUGAGCAAGCACACGAUCACGGUUGCAACCAAGUCGUUGGAGCAAACAUGCUUGAUUCACGAGACGAUCAGGAUCAAGAGCGCCGCAUGGGAUGACAGCGGCAUCUUGAUCUACUCGACGUUAAACCACAUUAAAUACGCGCUUCCUCAAGGUGACAAUGGAAUCAUUCGCACAUUGGAUCAACCCAUCUACCUUACACGGGUCAAAGGCAAGAACGUUUACUGCUUGGAUCGAGAUGGUAAGACAUGUACGAUCCCCAUUGAUCCGACUGAGUAUCGAUUCAAGCAAGCACUAACGAAGCGCAACUAUGAUGAGGUCCUUCAAAUUAUCCGCAACUCCAACUUGGUGGGGCAAUCCAUCAUUGCAUAUUUACAAAAGAAGGGAUACCCCGAGAUUGCACUCCAUUUUGUACGUGAUGACAAGACGCGGUUCGAACUGGCGCUUGAGUGCGGGAAUCUGGAAGUAGGACUGGAGACAGCCAAGACGAUCAACAAAGAAGAGAGCUGGAACAAGUUGGCGCAGGAAGCGCUUCGACAGGGCAACCAUCAGAUCGUAGAGAUGUGCUAUCAGCGCGUCAAAAACUUUGACAGACUUUCAUUUCUGUAUCUGGUCACUGGAAAUACAGACAAGUUGUCUCGAAUGCUCCAGAUCGCGGAACUUCGUGGAGAUGCCAUGUCACGAUUCCACAAUUCGCUGUUCCUAGGCAAUGUCGAGGAGCGUGUGCGCUUGCUGCGCGAGGUUGGACAAGCUCCACUGGCAUAUUUGACUGCCAAGACACAUGGCAUGAAUGAUGUUGCUGAUGAGAUUCUAGAAAGUUCUGGAUUGACAGCAGAAGAUGUUGCAGAUUUUCCAAGUCAAGGAACACUGCUGGUUCCACCUCGACCACUGAUGCGUAUACACGAUUUGAACUGGCCACAGCUUUCAGUGUCACGCAGCUACUUUGAGAGUGUUUUCACAGGAGAUAUGGAAGGCGUUGCACCACAGGCACUAUUUGUAGCUUCGGAGCCAGAGCCUCAGAUAGACCAAUGGGGCAUGGAUGAUGAAUUUAGCAUUCAACCAGUGGAGCAGAAGGGAGCAUCUCUGGCACCGAUUGGAAAUGAUGGAUUCGAUGCCGAUGGUGAUGGUGGAUGGGAUUUAGAUGCAGACCUUGCGGCAGAACUGCAUGCAGAGACUGGAGCCAUUGUUUCUGAGGACAGUGGACUGACGAUCCCUGUUGCUGGACAAAGCGAGGGAGAAAUUUGGUGCCAGAACUCUCCAUUGGCAGCGGAUCAUGUAGCAGCAGGAGCAUUUGAGUCUGCGAUGCAGCUUUUGAAUCGACAAGUAGGUGCAGUCAACUUUGAGCCGCUCAAGGACCACUUUUUGUCGAUUUUCCAGGCCAGCCGUGCGAUUAUUACUGGUAUUGAAGGCAUGCCAGCGAUUACACUGCCAGUUCGACGCAAUCCCACAGAAAAUGAUCCAAGGAAAGCAUUGCCUGUGCUUGUCAAGAACUUCCAGUCAUUGAUCUCCAAGGAGUUGCAGGAUGCAUACAAGUUGACAACGUCGAAUAAGAUCACAGAGGCAUGCACGUUGUUCAGGAGUAUUCUACACACUCUACUGUUGACAGUAGUUACCCAAGCGUCAGAGGCUGAAGAGGUAUUACAGCUUGUGGGAGUCUGUCGCGAAUACAUUCUUGGACUGAGUAUUGAACUGAGCCGUCGUGAAGUACAGAAUGACGUGUCGGCAGCAGGGGUUAAGAGAAUGCUGGAGCUAGCAGCAUACUUUACAGCGGUUCAGCUGCAGCCAAAGCAUAUGAUUAUCAGUUUGCGUACAGCGAUGACAGCAUGUUACAAGCAUAAGAAUUUACAAUCUGCACAGACGUUUGCACGUCGGCUGUUGGAGCUGGCUCCUCCAGGGCAGGCAGCAACACUUGCACGACAAAUCCAGCAAGUUGCGGAACGUAACCCUCGUGACGAGAUCCAGUUGGAUUAUGAUCAGUACAACUCGUUUGUGGUAUGUGGUAUCUCAUACACGCCCAUCUACCGUGGCUCGCCCAGCGUACAGUGCCCUUAUUGCCGAGCGCAUUUCAAGCCCGAAUUCCAAGGCAACUUGUGCACUGUGUGCGAUAUCUCACAGAUUGGUGGCACUGGAACAGGCAUGGUGGUACUUCCUUAGAUUUAUGAGGGAAAAGAGAACAGAAGGAGGAAGGAGGAAGGAGGAAGAGGGGAGGAACCUCAAUUUAUAUGACUUGGCGACUUUUUUUUACUUUUUUUUUAAUAGUAUAACUAGAUGACACACACAUAAAAGAAUAUAUUUUGCUAGUUU